UUACUGCCUUUCAGAUUAUGGCCAAUCCUCCUGCUGUCUACAAAAUCGCGCCCCAACGCCAGAGCCGGUUACUUAUAGUUCACCACUACAAGGGACAUCGUGUAGGAAAAAUGCGCUUAUUGUUAACUGAGGAAAAGAGUGCAGUUGAUAAGGGAACACUGUGGAAUUUUCGCAUCUCUAUCGGCUUAUAUGAGUAUAAAUUAAUAGUGCACCAGCUUCGCACGUUUUAGUUCGUAAUAGUACGCGUGGAUAGCUGGGUCACAAGCGACCAUAAAGUGGGAUGGAUCUCGGUAAAAGGUACUGCGUGAUUGGUGCUGGAACUGCUGGAUUGGCUGCAGCGAAGAGAAUUUUGGAAACUGGCGCGGAAGUGAUUGUGUUUGAACAAACCGAUCAACUCGGUGGAACGUGGAACUACACGGACACAGUCGGGAAGGACAAAUAUGGGCUGGAUAUCCACACUAGCAUGUACCAAGGGUUGCGGACUAACCUUCCGAAGGAAGUUAUGGGUUUUCCGGACUUUCCGAUCCCUGAACAGAAGGAAUCGUACAUUCCUUCGGAGGAUAUUUUGAACUUUUUAAUAUCGUACGCGAACAAGUUUGACGUUACACGGCACGUGCGGUUGGAGCAUCAUGUGGUUUCAGUGGAUGUAGUUGAAGAACCUAAGAAGUGGAAAGUAAUGGUGAAGAACCUUCCUGAACAGAAAAUUGAAACUUUCUUUUUCGACUAUGUGUUUGUUUGUAACGGCCAUUAUCAUACGCCUCUAUUACCUAGCGUUCGUAAUAUUGAACUGUUCGAGGGAAAGCAGUUACACAGCCACGAUUACAGAACACCAGAUAAUUUCAAAGGUGAGAAAGUGCUAGUUGUAGGAGCAGGUCCCUCGGGUAUGGAUUUGGCAUUAGAGAUUUCGAAGCAGGCACUCCACGUUACGCUGAGUCACCACGCUAAGGAACCAUUUAAGACUGUUUUCCCAUUAAAUUUAACACAAAAACCCGACAUUUUGGAACUGACACCAAGUGGGGCAAUAUUCCAGGACGGCACCCAUGAACAUUUCACCGUUAUUCUCUACUGCACCGGGUACCGCUACAGCUUCCCAUUCCUGAGUAAAAACUGUGGAGUCGUCGUAGAGGACAAUUACGUUCAUCCGUUGUACAAGCAUUGCAUUAACAUCAAUCAGCCCACGAUGACCUUCAUAGGGCUUCCGUAUUACGUGUGCGCCGCGCAAAUGUUCGAUCUACAGGCGCGAUUCUGUCUCACAUACUACACUGGGAACAAGGAGCUGCCGACAAAGGAGGAGAUGCUGGCCGAUAUGCACGAACAGAUGAAGCUGAAAUGGAUGCAAGGUUGUCGGAAGAGUCAAUCCCACAUGAUGGGCCCGGCGCAGGGAGAGUAUUACGACGAUUUGGCGCGGACGGCCGAGGUGGAACCGAUCAAACCGGUGCUGACCCGACUGCACAAUGAAAGCAGCCAGCGGUUCAAUGAUGAUUUGUUGAACUUUAGAAAUGAUAUUUUCCGAAUUGUGGAUGACGAUACUUUUGAAGAAGUUGUGAGAAAUGAGUAGAAUAUGUGAAGAUUGCACCGUAGAUGCUGUCGAAUUAAAUUUUAUAGUUCUACACGAAAUAUAACUGUAGCUUCAUGAAAUAGUUA